AUGUCCUGCGUGACUGUGUCAUAAAACACAGUACUAUGCUACAGGUGGCUGGUUGUCUAAGGCAUGUUUCCACAGUUGAGGAAAAGAAAGACAUUGUGUCUGACUAUCUCCGGUGGUAUAUAAUUGCUCGAAACUCAUCUGUAAUUGAGAGAUUUAAAGAUGGUCUUUCAGCACUUCAUUUCCUGAGUGCACUCCAGCAACACCCUACUUUGCUUUCCCCGGUCCUGUGUCACAUGGAAAAGAAACUCACAGCUCUUGAACUUGAGAGACUUUUCAAACCUGACUUCAGCCCAUCUGGAAGUAACAGGAGACGUCUGGAAAGUCAAACUGUGGGCUACUGGUCAGACUAUCUGCUUGACUGUGAAGAAUCACAAACUGCUGUGUCAGUGGGCGAUGUUCUGAUGUUUGCAACUGGGCUAACAUCACUGCCACCUUCUGGAUUAGAUCCACUACCAAGCCUACAGUUCCUGGAUGACUCUUUAUUCCCGAUGGCAAAUACAUGCUUAAACUUAUUGAAACUACCAAUGAUAACCUCAUAUUCCAUGUUUAAAUCCAACAUGGAUUUUGGAAUUCAAAACUCCCCAGGAUUUGGAUGUUUCUAGGAUGUCUGGCCUUGUAGUUCAAACCUGCUGUUGAUUUGUUUCUCAAGUUUUUAAGUCAAGAUUUUUUUUUUUUUAAAGAUGUUAUGAAUAGGAGAAGGUGGGACAUGCUGGUGGUGCAGCACAAAUCCAUUAUAGUUUACCAGGGUUAUUGUAGUUUUAUUAGAUA